AUGGCGGGAAAAACUGUAAGCUUCAAUACACACUGCAAUCUGUCGGAGUCUCAGCUGGAGAGCGUGGCGCGAUGGCUGAGCUGCAACGGCGAAGCGUGGGGUAUGGGGCCCACUGCCGUGUUCGCCAGCGCUGCCGCUCUCUUUCUUUUCAAUGAAUUGCAGGCCACCAUAUUUGUUGCCGGUGACCAUGCGCACGUCUCAAUGCUCGAAAGAACCCUCGUCUUCUCGAUGGUCCUGGGAAUGCUGGCUCUGAUGGUGCAUCUGUGGGUCUGUUCGAUGCGCUUUUUUCAGUACUACCUUGACACCCUUAUUAGAGACAGCCCAAACAUCCUAUUGGAGAUGACGACGGCGGGGUUUCUGGGAAAGUCGGAUCUGGUACCACUGGGUCCCUUGACGCGGUUUCUAAAGCAGCAACAGCCGCAAAUCCACAUCACAAUCUGCUGGUUCCUGUCACUGUGCUACGCUGACUACGUCCGCAAACACUAUUGCACGCGCUUCAACAUGCCGUACUUGGAGCAGUGGCAAGCCGAAUUGCACGCCCGCGCCUCCCGCGGCGUGCAUCAAACCAUACAGAAAGUGAACAGUUUCGUAGGAGCUGUACACACACGACUGCGCGGCUACACGCAGACGCCAGCUGACGCAGACACACAUACAGAAGUGGGCUGGGCAGCACCGCGUCGGUGGAGGGCAGCGGAGCAGGAAGCCGCGUGUCGUUUGCGUAUAGUGCCCGCGCCGCCAGCGAUCCGUCCUUGCGCCAGGCGCUACGCAGGGAACUUAGUGCCCGCCUGGUCAGCUCGGCAAGCGAGACCACGGCGCAGAUACUUGACCAACUCAGAGCAUAUGUUACGAAAACCAGAUGUCCGUGUAGCGAUCCAUCGCAGUCCUGCAACACUGGUGCUAGCGCUGGAACCGAGGCGACGGGCUCGUUCGCUGGAACCACCCUGGAGAAACGAGCUUUAUGAUUCCUUCUUUAAAUAA